AUGGAUGGGGUGCUCGUUCGACAACCGCCAGGUACGAUCGGCGUGAUUGUGGCGCCCGAUAUGAAUCGAUUUACGGUCGGGACUAGGGAGACAGCAAGGACGUCACCCUUCGAAAUAAUUUUGACGACUCGAGAGUUCUUGGUUCGUGAGCUGAGAGUAGCUGCCGCUG